UUCGCCUGGUCAGACAGCUGAUGUGUUGUGCACUGAAGUCCACAAGUGAAGGUUAAAGGUGAGAGGAGGAGAGCACGUAGGUGCCAGAAGGAAUUAUCCCACGAUCAAAGGGAUCGUGCUGUUUUGAAAAUGAUCUGUGUUUGCGUGUGAUCAGGGGUGUAUUCAUUCCGUUGAUUCUGUUGAAAAACGUUUCUUAAAGCGAAAGCAAACGGAACCAAACGGGGAUAAACAUACCUGAAUUUGUCCAAUGGAAACUCUCAUUUGCAAAUGUUGGACUAAUGAUUACACUCUAGAUCAGCUAGAUGAAGGCAAGAUUGAACAAGGCGGUAUUGAAUGUGUCAAUAAUGUCUGUCAUCUUGAUUACUCAAAAGUCUCUCAACCUGUGUUCACCUACGUUGUAAACUUUCAUUCAUAGGCUAGGUUGUAGCAACCUCAUGAUGGGUACAAGGACAGUAUCAUGUAGUAGCCUAAACCUAACUUUCAGUAUGAAUCAAACCAGUGUAGUUUUUAUUCAUCAAUAUAAAGUAUUUUCUGCAUAAUGGCAAUUAAAGUGCAUGAUAUGAAGUUUGCUGUAGUGACCGACUAAGCUUAAUUGUAAAAGUAUGCCUCAACAGAGCCAUGUUUGCAAAAGUGUAUUAUGCGAAGCACACAUUUAGUUAGGCAGCCAGGACCGUAGGACGCAUUGUCGGUCUAGCUCUCACUGCAGUCCAGUGCCAUGGACAUCUUUGAAGUUUGGCCUCUAGUAAUUCAGGUGGGCAACUUUAUAAAGGCCUCCUCACAAUGACCUUAUCAUGCAAGGCUCUACAGACAGAUAAAAAAAUACACAGGCUAUUUUUGCGUUGAUGGUGUAUGUAUUGAAGUCAACUGGGGCGGCAAAUAGCCUAGUAAGAGCAUUGGGCCAGUAACUGAGAGGUUGCUGGAUCAAAUCCCUGAGCUGACAAGGUACAAAUCUAUUGUUCUGCCCCCUGAACAAGGCAGUUAAUCCACUGUUCCUAGGCCAUCAUUGAAAAUAAGAAUUUGUUCUGAAUUGACUUGCCUAGUUAAAUAUAUUUUUCAAGUGGUUCAACAUUCAAAUGCGUUUUGAUUGACCACAUAGGAGAGGCGACGGUCGGUGGAAGUCUGGCGCCACCAAGUGGACAAUUAUUUUAGUUCCCUUGUGGCAUCAACGCUUCCUGAGAUAUUAUAUAAAAGAUAACAUGUUAUGUCAGUAUUAAUUAUUUCUCCAACCCCUAUUUGCUAGAUUAUUAUUCCAAUUUAGCUGUAAAUCUGGUUUGAACUCAAUAAGGAUUUGUCUCGUUUCAGAUUGGAGGGCGGAUGUCCACGUCACUUUGGAACCUACCAAUGUGUUACAUUGUAACAGUGAAAAGUGUAUUUUCCCGACGUUGAUCAAAUCCCAGUCUAUGCCACCAUUUUUUUUAAAUAGCAUCAUCUUUGAUAUUUGUUGUAAAGUGUACAGAGCUCAUUUAGGUGUAACCUUUACCGGAUUUAACGUGUCUGAGAACGGCACCUUCCUCCCGAAAGCAUUGCGGUAUCGCUUCUCGGCCUUUUGGCUAAGAUCAAGAGCAAGAUCGACUGUAUUUCUCGCGGGAUCCUCAAAGUGGUGCGAUGUCGUCAUCGGCCACGUCACAGUCAGCGGCUGCUGGACUGAAGAAUACGCUUCGUUUUAAUUGGACAGGAAAGGAAAAUUUGAUGGAGAGAGUUCGUUUUGGAAAAGAAGUGCUGUUUGGACCUCUACGCCUGACAGCAGACGAUGUGCACUGCCUGCAACAGAACACACCCGAGAAGUUCUACGAUGUGUCGUUCUACACCAUCACCCGGCUGGAGGAAGUAAAGGGGCUCUUCCGUGCGAACGCGACAGCACCCGCCCUCGUGGAUUUUAAAGUUGAGUCCAUGUGCAGGCACAAUAUGAGGGUGCUAACGGUGCAUAUGUUCAACCCCUGGGUCACUGAAGAAACGUUAGUGUGCUAUCUCAGCCGGUAUGUGACCAUCUUGCCAGGAGUGAGAGACAUUAAGGACGCCCUAGGCAUCUGGACAGGGAAGAGGCAGUUUCGUGUGCUGUUAAAGGAAGACGAGAGCGGCCAUGAUGGAUACCGCCAUCCUCCUGCUUCGUUUUCCAUCGGUGCUGACAGGGGCUACCUCAUGUAUGCUGGACAGCCUCGUUUCUGCAGGAAGUGUAGCACGUACGGGCACCUCGCGGAUGCCUGCACACAGACAAGGUGCAGAAACUGUGGAAUUAUUGGACAUACAAUGAGGGAUUGCACCGUGCCAAAGCGCUGCAGUCUGUGUAACUCAGAGGACCACCUGUUCCGUCACUGCCCGAAGGCAGUCCCCUCUUACGCCAGAGCGGUGAGCGGGAAAAGAGCUGAAGGCGGGAAAAGACCAGAUGAGGGAGAAGGCAUGGAACUACGCGCCAUUGAGGAGGUUGUGGAUGAGAUAGUGAUGGAGAGAGAACUGCGAGAGUCAGAGGAGAGCGGGAGUGAGACGCCAUCAUCAUCUCACGAGGAGAGAGGAGAAGCGGACAGAAGUUGGAAUAAGCAAGUGGAGGAGGAGAAGGGAGAGCCCACUGCGCCCGCGGCUACCGAGAGCUGGACAACGGUGAGAGAGAGGAGAAAGUGCGCGGUGAAAAGGAAGCAGAUGAGCCCUGUUUCCCCACUCAUCCGCAUGGAGGCGACGGAGAAGUCCGCUUUGGGGGGGAAUCGCUUCAGUUGUUUCGAAAGCGGGAAGUCUGAGGAGAAAAGCGAGGGAAACCUGGGCAGCGCAGAGGAGUCUCUGCUAUCCCCAUCAGGCGCGGCCUCCAUCGUGAGCAGCGGUCUGGCACCCAGUGGGGUUCCAGCACCCACGCAGAUGGAGGGGGAGCAUGAGGAGGAGGACAGUGUUUUCCCGACCCCUAUCUUGGUGGACAGUCCUCCGACUGGAGACCAUCGUUUCCCAGACCGGCCGCCAAAUGAGUUAAUGUACUUAAAGAUCGGGAACCAGUGUGUCCAGUGCGCGGGCUCGCUAUAGGUGAGCCCACAACGGUUUGGCGCAACGUGGCCCAUCCUGCUCUCCUGAAUCGGCAUCGGGACCUGUCCUGGAUGGUCGCCCACGAGAUCCUCCCGGUCAGGGCCGUUAUGCACUCACGGGGCAUGGCGAGGACAUCCGCGUGCCCCCGACCAGGCUGCGGCCAAGAAGAGUCGGUGAGGCACAUGCUCUGGGAGUGCAGAGCCGCCAGGGACCUGUGGAAGGAAGCAGGCCCCCUGAUCACCUCGUGUCUGCCAGCAGGGGAGGACCUAACACCUCAGCUCGUGCUGUAUGGGGUGGGCCGAAGGCCCAUUCCAUCGAAGGCCUUCACCAAGCUCUGGCCCACCCUCACGUGCCUGAAGG